GCUGGUGAUUUGAGGUAUACAGAGUCACUGAAAGAGAUUCAGAUCGUGUCUUCGACGUGGUGGUUUUAAGCUGCAGUUUCCGUGGCUUGUACACAGGCGGCGCAGUGCAUUGUCUCGGGUUUUUCUCCUCCCUGGUCGAAGGGCAGUCCUGCUUAUUCUCGCUCGGGUUUCUGCUGUGAUUACAUUGCCUUGUUAAGUUGUGUGGCUCUUGUCGGAUCGUCCCUCUCUCUCGACUUCAAUACAUUAUUCCCGCACUCCCCUCCCGGUUGCAAUGCCAGAUUCCUGCAGGCAGGUGGCGCAUUCGCUCUGCCAGCCAGUCCGCUGCUCCGCUCCGCUUCUCCACACCAAUCUAGGAAGAUGGCGGCGGAGGAUCGCUCCAGGUCGGACGCCGCUCGGAAGAAGCGCCGAGAGCAGCUGAGCCGAUGGACCGGCUCGGAAACGGACCGGUCCGAGGCAGAGUCGCGGGAUCGUCCCGGGGGAACAGGCCAGUCUCGGUACCGGGUCCGCUUCGCUCAGGGAGCCGUGUUCAUGGCAGCUUGCUCGGCGGGCGAUCGGGAAGAGGUCCGGGGUUUGCUUCAGCAGGGCGCUGAUAUCAACCACACGAAUGUGGACGGGCUAACAGCGUUACACCAGGCCUGUAUUGAUGAGAAUCUGGAGAUGGUGGAGUUUCUGGUUGAACACGGAGCGAACGUGAACCAGCCUGACAACGAGGGCUGGACCCCCCUGCACGCCGCCGCGUCCUGCGGCUUCACGGACAUCGCAGGGUUCCUGAUCAAGAAGGGGGCGCGCGUGGCGGCAGUGAACAGCGAGGGCGAGCUGCCCCUGGAUGUGGCGCAGGAGUCGGCCAUGGAGAGGCUGCUGCAGGCUGAGAUUAAGAAGCAAGGGGUGGAUGUGGAGUUGGCGCGCCAGGAGGAGAAGAGACUGAUGCUGCAGGAUGCUCAGCAUUGGGUCAAUCAGGGCAAGGUCACGGUGAGCCGGCACCCCAAAACCGGGGCCACCGACCUGCACGUCGCGGCAGCCAAGGGGUACCUCGAGGUCAUCAAGCUGCUGCUGAAGGCUGGGUUCGAUGUGAAUGUGAAGGAUAAUGAUGGCUGGAGCUCCCUGCAUGCUGCAGCGCACUGGGGCCAGGAGGAGGUGUGCCGGCUGCUGGGGGAGAGUCUGUGCGACAUGCAGGCCGUCAACAAAGUGGGUCAGACUGCCUUCGAUGUGGCCGAUGAGAGCCUCGUGGAAAUGCUCGAGGAGCUGCAGAAGAAACAGAGCCAGUUGCGGAUCGAGAAGGAGAAGCAGGCCAAGCUGCAGCCCGCCCUCAUCGAGACGAGCCCACUGUCCCAGAGUGCCCUGGGCCGCACACGCAGGAGCUCUAUUUCUCGUAUGAGCAGCAAAGAGAAGAUCUCUCUGCACGACAAGGAGAGGCGUGCCCUGGAGACACUUGAACCCGUGGCCUUCGAGGGAGUGGAGGAGGAGAGGAAGGGAGAGGGGGAGUCGAGCAGCUCCAGCUCCGAGGAGGAAUCUGACACUGAGUCCGAGACCGAGUCAGAGAAAGUGAAAACUCGUGAAAUGAUAAACAACCUGAACAACAAACUGAACAGUCCUGCCAUCGCCAGCGUCGCCGCGGCAGCCAGUGGACCCAGCAAGAAGAGCUCCAGCCCCCCCAGCAAGCCCCCUGCAGCUCCUCGCUCUUCCACGGGCGGGGCGGAGGAGGAGAGGAAGGAUGGAGCAGCGCCCCCUACCUCCUGGAGGACCUCGCUGCGCAAGACGGGCAGCUACGGGGCCCUGAACAGCGCAGGGGCCCCUGGGGGCCAGGAGGAGAGCAAGGCCCGGGACAGCAGUGGGGGGAUCAUCCGGUCCACGUCCAGCCCCCGGCUCACCGGCACAGAGACACAGGCCAAGGACGGAGAGAGCAGGGAGCCCCGUCUGGCCCGGGUCCCCCCCACCCCCACCCGACGCCUCUUCAGCAUCCCAGACAGCAGCCAGGAGCCCCCCAGCAGCAGCUCGUUUCCACGGCAACCCGCAAUGCAUGACAGCACUGAUGUCACGGGCGCACUCGCCAGGAGCUCCUCCUACACACGCCGCCUCAACAGCCAAUCAGGGAGCGAGGUCUCAAGCUCCGCCCCCGGCUUCCAGCGCAGCUCCUCCUUCGGACGCAAAGCAGAGGAUUCUGGGACGACUCCCACCUCCUCUGCCCUCGGCCGACUCAACGCCCUCACGGCUCAGAGGCUUGCACGGCAGGUGGAGGACAAAGACUCUGUUUCCACGACAACUACGACAUCAUCAUCAUCAUCCUCGUCCAGCACGACCGCCGCCACCCAGGGCGAGGCCAAGGAGCGCCGCAGAUCGUACCUGACCCCGGUGCGAGACGAGGAGGCCGAGGCCCAGAGGAAGGCACGAUCCCGACACGCCCGGCAGUCCCGGAGAUCCACGCAGGGAGUCACUCUGACGGACCUGCAGGAGGCUGAGAAGACGAUGAAGGGACAGCAGGAGAGGAGAGCAACCGAGCAGAGAGAGGAGGAGGAGGAGAAGGAGAGAGUGGAGGCACUUAGCAAGCACCGGGCUAGCAGGACUGGAGAAGAGGGGGAGGUCAGCUGGAGGUCACGCAUUGCGAACCUGCAGAAGUCAGACCUGCUGGGCCUCACGAACCCCGCUGACGCCAGCCGACCUGCCAGACCUGAGGAGAGCAAAGAGGCCUCGGGGGAGAAGGACUCGGAUGACAAGCUGGGACCGGGAAUGAGAGACCGACAAAGACCACGAGGAAAGAGAAGAGGAGAGGGACUGAACAACACGAGUGAUGACAACGAGGACACCGGAGAGGAAGAGGGAGGGGGCCGGGCCGAGCAGGCUGACAGGCUCAGCAGGGGUGAGCUGAUGGCCAAUGACAGGAUUGCUAGCCGUGGCUCCUCCCUCUACUCUCGCUCUAGCUCCGCCUACUCUCGCUCUGACCCCUCUGAGACGGACAGGAAGGACUACAAGAAGCUCUAUGAGGAGAUGAGCAGGGAGAAUGCACGGCUACAGGCCCAGUUCCAGGACUCCCAGAAAAAGAUCAUCCAGACCAAAGGGGAACUGGACAAGGCCAGCCAGAUGCAGGAGCGCUUUGCAGACCGCUCUGUGCUGCUGGAGAUGGAGAAGAAGGAGCGCCGAUCCCUGGAGAGAAGAGUCUCAGAGCUGGAGGAAGAGAUGGAGGUCUUAUCCAAUCUGAAGGCUGACAACCAGCGCUUGAAAGAUGAGAACGGAGCUCUGAUCCGAGUCAUCAGCAAGCUGUCCAAAUAGCGCCACCCGGUGGAGACUCGUGGCAGGACUAGCGAAUGAGGGAGAAAGAAAGAGAGUCCGCCUGUUCCAUCCAUCCGUGUCGGCCACCACACGUUCCAGUGCCAAAGAGAGAAGGAAGAGGAGGAAGGAGAGAGAGAAAAACAAUCAACCAACUGACAUUUAACCCGCUGAAAACAAAGUGAGGAGAGACGAAGAGAAAUGUCUUCGCAAGCACACUGACAUGCGCGCACACACUGACACACACUGACGCACACACACACUGACGCGCACAUACUGACACACACUGACACACACACACACACUGACGCGCACACACUGACGCACACACACAGACACAGACACGCGCGCACACACUGACAACCCUUCCCAAGCACAUACAGAGGAACACACACACUGACACACACUGACGCACACACACACACUGACACACACUGACGCACACACACACGCGCACACACUGACAACACUUCCCAAGCACAUACAGAGGAACACGCACACACACACUCACACACACUAACACAGACACAGACACGCACACGCACUCAAACAUGUGCCAUUCCAUUUUUGCUUGAAUUUGAUUAAACUAUGCAUGGGUGUUUGUCCCAAGAAAUGUAUUUCCCAUCCCAUAUAAAGGUUUCCCACAGUAAAAGCACAGCACAGUGUAAUAAAGCACAGUGAAAGCAUGGUAAAGCCUAGGGAAGCAUUGUGAACCCCAGAGAGGCAUGGAAGGGAUUUUAUGAAUGUAGCUCAUGCUGACCCUGCUUUCCACAGCACCGUGCCCGUGUAGAAUCAGCUCAGAGUCGUUGUUUGGCAUGGAUUUCAGUUCUGGACCAGCCCUCUGUCUGCCCAGCGUGUAGAAUCAGCUCAGAGUCGUUGUUUGACAUGGAUUUCAGUUCUGGACCAGCCCUCUGUCUGCCCAGCGUGUAGAAUCAGCUCAGAGUCGUUGUUUGACAUGGAUUUCAGUUCUGGACCAGCCCUCUGUCUGCCCAGCGUGUAGAAUCAGCUCAGAGUCGUUGUUUGACAUGGAUUUCAGUUCUGGACCAGCCCUCUGUCUGCCCAGCGUGUAGAAUCAGCUCAGAGUCAUUGUUUGGCAUGGAUUUCAGUUCUGGACCAGCCCUCUGUCUGCCCAGCGUGUAGAAUCAGCUCAGAGUCGUUGUUUGGCAUGGAUUUCAGUUCUGGACCAGCCCUCUGUCUGCCCAGCGUGUAGAAUCAGCUCAGAGUCGUUGUUUGGCAUGGAUUUCAGUUCUGGACCAGCCCUCUGUCUGCCCAGCGUGUAGAAUCAGCUCAGAGUCGUUGUUUGGCAUGGAUUUCAGUUCUGGACCAGCCCUCUGUCUGCCCAGCGUGUAGAAUCAGCUCAGAGUCGUUGUUUGGCAUGGAUUUCAGUUCUGGACCAGCCCUCUGUCUGCCCAGCGUGUAGAAUCAGCUCAGAGUCGUUGUUUGGCAUUGAUUUCAGUUCUGGACCAGCCCUCUGUCUGCCCAGCGUGUAGAAUCAGCUCAGAGUCGUUGUUUGACAUGGAUUUCAGUUCUGGACCAGCCCUCUGUCUGCCCAGCGUGUAGAAUCAGCUCAGAGUCGUUGUUUGACAUGGAUUUCAGUUCUGGACCAGCCCUCUGUCUGCCCAGUGUGUAGAAUCAGCUCAGAGUCGUUGUUUGACAUGGAUUUCAGUUCUGGACCAGCCCUCUGUCUGCCCAGCGUGUAGAAUCAGCUCAGAGUCGUUGUUUGGCAUUGAUUUCAGUUCUGGACCAGCCCUCUGUCUGCCCAGCGUGUAGAAUCAGCUCAGAGUCGUUGUUUGACAUGGAUUUCAGUUCUGGACCAGCCCUCUGUCUGCCCAGCGUGUAGAAUCAGCUCAGAGUCGUUGUUUGACAUGGAUUUCAGUUCUGGACCAGCCCUCUGUCUGCCCAGCGUGUAGAAUCAGCUCAGAGUCGUUGUUUGGCAUGGAUUUCAGUUCUGGACCAGCCCUCUGUCUGCCCAGCGUGUAGAAUCAGCUCAGAGUCGUUGUUUGGCAUGGAUUUCAGUUCUGGACCAGCCCUCUGUCUGCCCAGUGUGUAGAAUCAGCUCAGAGUCGUUGUUUGGCAUGGAUUUCAGUUCUGGACCAGCCCUCUGUCUGCCCAGCGGUUCAGCAUCAAAGCGCGUCCGUCACGGACAGCGUUCUUCAGCGUGUCCGCCUCCUUUUUCCCUCCAGUUCUCGCGAUGCUUCCACUGUGUUGUGUGAAUUAGGACCCCCCCCCCCCACACUGUGUGUGUGCGUUUCCUUUUAAUGAAUCAAAAAAGUGUUUUAUUUGAUUUUUUAUAAGCAGUCACCCAAUGUAACAUAUACUGUGCUUCAGAUCUAUUCAUUUGUGAGUUUUUGGGCGGGGGGGGGGGGGGGGGUUCAUUUUUUUCAUUAUGUUUUAAUCACGGACCAUUUCUGGGGAGUUUUCUGUAGCUGUUCUAAUGCCCCUGACCUCAGUCUCCAGCUUGCACAAGCUUUAAACUCACGCCUGUGCUGUCAGACAGACAGACAGACAGACCGACAGUACAGUCAAUUAGCAUAGUCGGUACAGACAGUCGGACGGACAGGGUUCACUGUGUAUCGAUGAAUCGGCCUCGGGGCUGAUGUUGGAAGCAGGUUGUUAGUGAUGAUGUGGUCUUGGUGGUUGCCGUGGAGACUGAAGGAAGCCUUUUUAUUCGCUUAGCCAUUUCGAACUGUAGUGUGGCACCUCAGAGGUGAAAGGUCAUUGCACAGGAUUGUACCGCGUUUCAUUUUGGUUUUUGAAACACUAAUAUGCAAUUUAUAACGGUUUUGUUUGGAUGAAAGUGUUUUUUGUUCCUUCGUUUUUUGUUGGAGGGGCUGUAGUGAAUGAAUAUAUAAAUAUAUAUUAUAAUAACCAUAUAAAAAAUGAUAAAGUUUCAUGUUUCUUAAUAUUUUUCACAUAUUUUCUAAUAUAUUAAAGUUGACUUCACCUGAACAGCACAUGAUACCUGAAUAAAAUCUCUGUUUGAUAA